AACUGGACUCAAACUUAUCUCAAUUGGACUGGAAAAUUGAAAAAAUGGACAUUAAAACCUGUUUAAUUAUAAAAGGAUGUGCCAGGACUUAGUGGGACAUACGUUUUCUUUUCUCAAUCCGUUGUCCUUUCCACAGCGCCAGGCCGACGGCCGUCUCUCUCUCGUUCGUCCGUUCCUCCUGCUCUGUUCGCCGACCGGCGGCUCCGUCGAGGCUCGCCAAUCGCCGGCGUCCCUCUCUCUCUCUCUCUCUCUGUUGCUGUUCGUCCGGUCGUUGAAGCAGGGACGUCGUCCGCUCGUCUCUAUCGAUGAGAGCAGCAGCGCUGCCGUGACUCUCCGCCGACUCCAGCGGUUCCAACCGACGUCCCCGUCCCGUCCAUCCGUCGCGCAGCAGGCCGACGAAACAAGGGGAAAGUUGCAGCGGCGGGUUUCCUCCGAUUCAAGUUGAAUUCGUCGGUUUUCGAGGUAGGAACACAGAUUUGGAUGUGCAACCCGGAUGGCAGUGAAGUGGUGGUGUGGCGUGGAUGGCUCUUGUUUACCUUAAUAAUUAAACUACAUUAUUUUAUUUGAUUAUACGGACUGUUGGAUGUUACCUUGGUUUUUGUAUGCUUCCGCGAUGUUUGGAUUUAUUUAAUUAUUCUGAUGAAUUUGGGUUUACUUAAAACUCUACAGACGAAUUUUAUAAUUGAUUUAAUUGUUGUUUUAGAAAAGAAAAUUUAUGCUUGCGA